AUGGCGGGCUUCAAAGGCUUUCUGAGAAAACUCGAGGUGCCGUAUGAAGGCGGGACGGUCCCGAAUCGCUGGAUCAACAAUGAUAUCAAGCCUAUCGAAAAGGGCAGACGAACAUGGACGUUCUGGACCUUUCACAACCUCUGGGUGUUGACCAACACAAAUAUCUCGACUUACAUGACGGGGAGCUCACUGAUUGCGCUUGGGUUGAACUGGUGGCAGGCGAUCAUUGCCAUAGUUUUCGGGGCAGUCCUGUCGACGGUCUUUAUAGUAUUGAACAGCAUGCCAGGCGCUUUCUAUCACCUUGGAUUCCCCAUCGCGAAUCGAUACGUUUGGGGCAUGUACGGCAGCUCGUUCGUCAUCUACAAUCGAAUCCUCUUGUCGCUGGUGUGGUAUGCCGUGCAAGCCUGGAUCGGCGGCCAAUGUGUCUACGUCUGCCUCGAAGCCAUAUGGCCGAAUCUCGAACAACGCAUUCCAAACCACCUUCACGCCACCGGACUAACGUCUGCAUCAUUCCUCACGUACUGGAUCUUCUGCCUUAUAUCGCUCCCCCUGAUCUGGAUCCGGCCGCAUAAAUUGAAGGUGUUUUUCUACGUUGCCGUCGCCUCGAUCUUCACUUUUGAGAUUGUGCUCUUGAUAUGGGCGCUGGCCACCAUGGAUGGAUUCGGCGACACGAUCACCGGUCACCCACAGACCCAGGACACUUCGACUGGCUGGGCGGUUCUGUACGGCAUCAUCAGUGCCAUAGGAGGGAUCGCAGCGGGGAUCCUGAACCAGAAUGAUUACGCGCGUUUCGCUCGUCGACCGAGGGAUGCGAUAUGGGGUCAGAUCGCCAGCGCCGCAACGUACUCGAUCAUCAGCUCUGUUGUCGGGAUUCUCGUCACGGCGGCCACGCAAAGGCGGUACGGCGCCGCUCUGUGGAGUCUGCCCGAUCUGCUGAUUGCCAUGAUGCACGCCGGGGGAUCCAGGUCUCGAGCCGCGGGCUUCUUCGGCGGUGCCGCGCUCGUCAUCUCGCAAUGGGGCAUCAACGUGCCCGGGAACGCCCUGUCCGGUGGCUUCGACUUCGCCGCGACUUUCCCCCGGUACAUCAACAUCCGCAGAGGAGCGUAUAUCACCGCGGUCUUGUCCAUGGCCGUCAACCCCUGGCAACUGCUCGCCACGGCCUCGACGUUCCUCGCCGUCCUGUCGAGCUACGGGGUCUUCCUGGGUCCGAUGAUCGGGCUCAUGAUCUCCUCGUAUUACAUCGUGCACCGUCAGAAGAUCAAGGUGGAUGACCUCUACCGAGGGGACAAGACCAGUAUCUACUGGUACACAUAUGGCAUCAAUUGGCGAGCGCCAGUGGCGUGGGCAUGCGGCGUCUUCCCUUCGAUGCCGGGCUUCAUCUCCAACGUCAACAACAGCAUCCACGUCUCCCUCGGCUGGACGCACGCGUACUACAUUUCCUUCUUAGUGGGCUUCUCCAUCGCGGCCGUCGUCUUCGUCGCGCUGCACCACUUUCUGCCCGUGCCAGUCGUCAAGGACUUCGUUCUCAACCCACAAACCAGCAGACAGGUCAUGGCCGAGGCCCAGGCCACGUGGGACGCCACGGAAGACAUGAUAGCCGCCAGUGAUGCUAGUGUGCCCUCGGAAAGCGUGUUGCCCAAGGACGUGCAGGAUGUGGAGGGGUUUCCGAAGGAUAUCUGA